UUGUCCAAAAUGUAUCUCACUUUCAUCUGUUUUUCCAUAACAUUAUUUUACUCCUAUUUCAAUUACGCCAAUAAACAAUUCAGAGGGAUUAAUGAGCAUGGGGGGAAAAAAGCACACCACUACCAAACACUCUCAUAAAUGGAUUACAGAAUGCUGAGAAAAGCACUUAAUGAGAGUGCACAUAUGUAUGAAGGCCUUACAAGUGUGUAAUCUGACCAGACUGUGGAGCAGCAGGCGUCUACUCACAGGGGUUAACUGCUGAUUAAGGUCAGUCUGGAGAUGGACACACUCAGACGAGGAAAAAAAAAUUUUUAAAUGUGCCAAUUUGUCCUAAAGCCCAUCAUGGUACUCAACUUUUAGUGGAGAAAAUGUGAUUAGUGUUGUAAUGUUUGACAGGAGAGGAAACAUUGCCGGUUUCAGAUCAUGGAGAUCACCAGUUCAAUGAAUGGCAGCAGCUAAUUGAGUCCACGACGCAAUGUGUGACAUCCUGCUGUUCGGAUCACUAGGAGGACAGCUAAAGUCGCAUUACCAAGCGAGUCAUCAAACUGGGAGCAUGUUUUUGUUUUGUUUCUCUAUUUUUACUAGUAGAUCUCUGGAUAUAAUCUUUUUCAUCAAGUCACAAAUGUGUAUGCUCCCCAUGUCUCUGUGAAAGGAGCCACAGACCAGUAUAGAUUAUCCACUUUUGUUGAUGAAGUGCAAUAUUGCUGCACAUGGAAGCUGAGUGGCAGCAGUGGAGUGAAAGUGAGGAAGAUUUUGCCUCAGAGGAAGAAGAGACAGCAUAUCAGGGGAGUUGUAUUAUUGAGCCCAGCUGCCAUCCCCGACUGGAUGGAGACAUCGAAACAGUCAGGAAGCUGUAUUCUUAUAAUUCCGUCACUAUCGGGGAAUAUCAAUCAAUCGACGAAGUGGAUGUUGAUCUGAACAUUAACGCCAACAUUUUGAAUGAGGACGUGGCUAAGGCCUGGAGAGUUCAUACAUCAGAGCCAAUUAUUGUUCGCCUGCACUUGUCUCUAUCUCAGUAUCUUGAUGGACCAGAACCAUCUGUUGAAGUCUUUCAGCCAUCUAAUAGACAUCAUUUUAAUCUUGGAAAACAACUGCAAAGUAUUUUAGCAGUUUUCAUCUCCCGCGAGUGGAACCAUCUGACUAAUGAGAACAUUACAGUGAGACAGAAGAAAAGGCACAGCUGGUUCAGACCUGGUGGAACCAUGAAGAAAUUUCGUGCAAGACUCAGCAUUUGGCUGCCACUGUCCAAAUCAAACACGCUGCAAGACCGCAGCCUGAGGGGAAGAAUUUUUUUGCCCGCCAUGAGACGGAAUCAUUUUGCCAAUCACACAAUGUCCUACAACAUCAAGAAUCCACCGGGAGAACUCUUCACUUACACACCCAGUGGAAAGAGGGUUGCCGUGUCAGGAGUGAAGUCAUCAGCUCAGCUCAGCACGAAGCAGCUGAUAGAGCUGCUGUUCUUCUCUCAGGCCAUAGGGCACUGCAAAACGAGCCCGACUCUACAACAUGGCUUCUUGGUGCAAGUCAUGAGGUACGCAGAGCAAAGAAUCCCCACGUUGAAUGAAUACUGCGUGAUUUGUGAUGAGCGCCACGUUUUUCAGAAUGGCCCCCUGUUGAAGCCCGCCGUUUGCGCCAGGGAACUGUGCGUCUUUUCUUUUCACGCCAUGGGGGCCAUGUCAGGAGCCACAGAGGAGACGGCCACCGGUGCUGAGGUGAUCGACUUGCUGGUGGCGAUGUGCAGGUCAGCUCUGCAGUCGUCUCGCAAAAGCAUCAUAUUUGAACCGUACCCAUCUGUGGUUGAUCCAAAAAAAAACAAAAUGUUGGCCUUUCGUCCUAAGAGAAAGAGUUAUGAAAGGCUGGAAAAAGCCCUAGACAGUGUCCUGCUAAUUCGGAGCAUGGCACAGGGCUCGUAUUCUGAAAUAAAAAGGCAGAUGGACAAGACAGACCCUCUCGCCAUUCCUUUAUUGCAAUGGAUUUUAUCAAACAACAGAUCUCACAUUGUCAAGCUUCCAGCCAACAGGCAACUGUCAUUUAUGCACACGCCUCACCAGUUCCUGCUCAUCAGCAGCCCUCCGACCAAAGAAGCUCGCUUUCAAACUGCACGCAAACUCUAUGGCAGCACCUUUGCUUUCCAUGGUUCUCACAUUGAAAAUUGGCAUUCUAUUUUAAGAAAUGGGCUUGUGAAUGCCUCCAAUACAAAAUUACAGAUGCAUGGAGCUGCGUAUGGCAAAGGGAUCUAUUUAAGCCCAAUCUCAAGCAUAUCUUUUGGAUAUUCUGACAUGGGCAAGGGACAACACCAGAUACCCUCUAAGGAAGAACUCCUGAAGAAGUAUAACCACAUAAACAUAAUCCAACAAGAUCUUCCUUGCAGGUUUCUUCAAAGCAGCAACUUAAACUGUGUUGCACUUUGUGAAGUCAUAACAUCAAAUGAGCUCAAAAAGCACGGGAACAUCUGGAUGUGUCCCAUUCCCGACCACGUGUGCACACGUUUCCUCUUUGUGUAUGAAAACGGUUGCGUGGGGGAUGUCCACAUCAAUACUCAGGAAGAAGCCAUCCAGAACCAAAUUUUAGAAGUCAUUGCAACUAAACCCAGCUGAAAAAAUAUACAUUCCACAUAUGCUGUGAAUAUCUUUAAAAUUCCCAUUUUUGAUAAAAUGACAAAUGUGUGUUUUUAUUGUUUUUAUGUAUUAAGAGAAAUUACCAGGCAACAUAAUAAGACAAUAUUCAAGAUGCUUUUAUUGGCCCAAAAGACACAAAGGAAAUCAUAAAGCCUGUGCUCAUUGUUCAUAUCAGCAAAUAACAGGAGAUGCGUUCCAUCCCAUGAGGCAGAAAGGCAAAAUUAUAACACUAUUGUGCUUCCAUAUGAGCCCCACAGCUGCCUCCCCAAUGUACCCUCGCCAGCAUUGUUGGCACCUGAGGACAAACCUGUUUUUGUUGCUUUUACACACCUCCACAAAAUGGUAGCUGCUCCGAGGUUUAA